GAAUAAAAAAAACUACAUGUUGUGUUUCUGCAGAGACCCUACAUGACUCUGGGCUCUCUGAGGGACCAGGUCAUUUAUCCUGACACGUAUGAAGACCAGCAGAGGAAAGGCAUCUCUGAUCAGGUGCUGAAGGAGUACCUGGACAACGUGCAGCUGGGCCACAUCCUGGACCGGGAGGGCAGCUGGGACUGUGUGCAGGACUGGAUGGACGUGCUCAGUGGAGGGGAGAAGCAGAGGAUGGCUAUGGCCAGGCUGUUCUACCACAAGCCCCAGUUUGCCAUCCUGGAUGAGUGCACCAGUGCAGUGAGUGUGGAUGUGGAGGACUUUAUCUACAGCCACUGCAGGACGGUGGGCAUCACCUUGUUCACAGUGUCCCACAGAAAGUCUCUGUGGAAGCACCACGAGUUUUACCUCCACAUGGACGGCAGAGGGAACUACGAGUUCAAGCCCAUCACAGAGGAAACCGUGGAGUUCGGCUCGUAACUGAUCGCUGCUGUCCUCCCAUAAUGCACUGCUCUGAUGAAACCAGUCCACUAAUUCUUUGCACUCGAGACAUUAGAAAUAGCCGAAACCUAGAGAAUAUUGUUUUUAAUCAUUUUUGCUUCCUUUAUCACCAUUUGCUUGUUCUGUUAUUUAAACCAUCACUUUAAUCCUGUCUAAUCAUUUACAUGUUCAGUGUGAUAUAUGUAAUUUAUAUGGUUGAGUGUAUUUCACUAAAAGGUGGAAAUACAUUAUUCGGUUUUAAUCAUCUCUGCAUAGCAGUCAUAUCUGAAAACAGUAACAGUAGGGAUAAGCUACAUACCACAGUGGUCUUUAAGUCCCACAGUAACACAGAUUUAUGUUUGCACAGCGUUUGAGUUAACAAGGGAGUAUUGUAGGAUUACUAUUCGUUUAACUCCACAGCUGACAGAAGAUAAGAGGCUGGUUAUAACUUCCUCAAAAUAACAAAGGGACUGUUAUUUCCAGAUCAAAUAUUACCUCGAAGUAUCACAC